AUGAAGGACUUAAAACUCGGGGCAGAGCUCGUCAAACGUAUCACAGGGAAAGAUGACCUGACUGUGGGUGCAAUUACGAGUGGCAGAGUGAAUUUUUACCCCUGGACAAUCGAUAACAAGUAUUAUUCUGCAGAUAUCCAUCUCUGUGUGGUCCCAAACACGUUCCACGUCACCGGAGAAAUCGCCGAGUCCGUGCAGGCGUUCGUGGUGUACUUUGACAGCACAACAAAAACUGGGCUGGAAAGUGUCUCUGAGUGGCUGCCCCUGACAGAAGAGUGGCUGCCAGAGGUGCUGAUCCUGGUGUGCAACAGAGUGUCUGAGAACGGUGUAAACAGACAGAAAGCUCAAGAAUGGUGCAUCAAACAUGGCUUUGAGCUGGUAGAACUUAACCCUGAGGAGCUGCCUGACGAAGAUGAUGAUUUCCCCGAGUCCACCGGGGUGAAGCGGAUCGUGCAAGCCCUCAAUGCCAACGUGUGGUCCAACGUGGUCAUGAAGAGCGACAGGACCCAGGGCUUUGGGCUCCUCAGCACCUUGGCGGGUGCGAAUCGAAGCGUCGGCCCUGAAGAGACCCAAGAGACAGAAUCCAACCCUUCCCCAGCAGACAGAGAAGAUUCCCAGGCUGACAGCAGGGAAGAUGGAGCUGGGACAAACAACCUGCAGCUGGACAACGCUGCAGAUCCCAUGUUGGACAUGGACAUCCAGGAGUUGGCCAAUCUGACCACGAGAGAUGGGGACCUGGAGAACUUCGAAAGGCUGCUCUCAAAGCUGAAAGAAAUGAAAGAUAAAGCUGCCACGUUGCCUCAUGAACAAAGGAAGCUCCACGCGGAAAAGGUGGCCAAAGCCUUCUGGAUGGCAAUUGGAGGAGACAGAGAUGAGAUUGAAGGUCUCUCCUCAGAUGAAGAAAACUGAGUUCUUCUGUAGCUGCAAUUGCAGAGCAAUCCUGCAGGAAUGAUCUUUCCCUGUAAUUAAGUGUUUAUUGCCAAAAACCCCAUUUAUCUUUAGCCCCUCUCAUUGGGGAAAGGAUUCCCCGUGUCACUGUAGUGAGUUGAACAUUCCACACCAAUUCCUGGCUCCAGUGGGUUUGUCUGACUGUCCUUUGUCCUCUCCCAGAGGACUUUGGAAGGUGCCACGUGCGGUUCAAGGAAACAGGAAUGAGUUUACAUUUCUCAAAUGAACAUUUUUAUUGUUUCCUCCUCGGAGUUUAAAUAAACAAACGUGCUCCCAGUUAUCUUUGCACACGUGGCUGGGGGUUGGGAAGCGACUCCCUAAUUCCCAACUCCACGUGUUUGAUGGUUUUAUGGAGCUUUUUCCCAGUUCAAACUGAGCAGGUUUCUAUGAGCCAUGAAGAGGGAGCUGCUGAACUGUGCCCUGCUGGGGAUGCUGUGCCAAGGCUGCUGGUUCAUCCUGCCAGUGCCAAAGCCAUGAAAAAUGGCCCCUGGGCUCUGAUUCUGUUGGAAUUUUGUCUGUGUAACUAAGUGGGCCUUCCCUGGAAUGUCAGGUGUUGUCCAUGCUCCCUGGCCUUCCACUAGAAACUAAAUUUGGGAUGAAAUGCCAGACAGAUUUUUGCAGCUGUUCCAGGGUUGAAUUCCCUGCCCAAACCUCCUGCAAGGCCUGGCAGCACACACAGCCCUGCAGCUGGGGAGGCUGUCCUGAAUUCCUGAAUACCUAUGGAAAGCACUGGGAUUCCAAAGUGCCUCUGGAUGUGGUUAUUGCUCCCAGUCCUGGGGGUUCCCUGGGAGGCACCAGAGUGCCAGUGGCACUUGGCUGCUGUGUGGGAUCAGGGGUCAGGUGGAAUUCCCCAUCCUGAUGGAGUGUAUCCUCCCAGCACAGACCUGCUGGGGGGAAGGAAAACAAGAAGGAAGGUGGAGCCUGGUGAGGGAAUGAGAGGAGAAAGGGUAAAUCCAUCCUGGCUCCUUCUCUGCUACACUCAGUGGAUCAGUGGGAAGAGGCAGCCAACAGAUUCCCUUGUGCAAGAGUCCAACCCUCUCCAGUGCUUGUCUUUCCCUUUUCAAUCUGAAAAUCCACCCUGUUAAACAACCUUAGUCAGAAAGUUUGGAAUUAACUUUUCCAAAGUCUGGGUUUCCUGUCAGUAAAUUUCCCGAGUGCUGAGCCAUCGGUUUGCCAUCUGUUACCUGAUGGCUUUGCAUCCUGAAGGCACUUCCACAGUCACUCCUGACAUUCCUUGUCCCUUCUGAGAUAAAUCAAAGGAAAAUGAGCUCCUUGGAAUGCUGGAAAUCAUUUCCUGAGUCGAAACUGCAGCGUUUGGGAACAAGACCUGAAGCCUCCCUGGCAGUUUGUAAAUCAUUCCCAUCCAAACCUGAGCAGUGUUUUUAAGGAGAGACGUUCCUUUCCCAGGGAUACACGUGCAGACAUCCAAGGAAACGCCUGCCAGAGCCACCUCUGCCCACCAGCUGCCAGGCCUUGCCUUCUCCCAUUCUCUCCAGCCUUUUCCCAGCACAGGGAGCUGCAGGAAGGAUCUGAAGGUGGUUCAUUCCCAGCAGGGAAUGGUUUUCCGUCUUGGCUUCUUGGUACUUGAAGACUUUUUUUUUCCCUUUCCAAAUGUUUAUUGUGCAAUAAUGAUAAAUGGCAAAAGUGCAGAGGGAAUGAGUUGAGG